AAAAUGGUUGCGCAAAAUUUACAGAAAACUGCCGCGACCAGGCGGGCUUCAAAGACUCCGGGCCACUCGCAGAUCUCCGAUAAAAUUGGUCUCCUAACCUUCAAAACGCCCAAAGAAACCCUAGCUUCCCUCUCUUACCAUUAAUGCCUAUCCCCAUCUCCUCCUCUUUCUCUGCACCACAUAUAAAUCCACCCUCCUUCAAUGUCCGUCACCUCCUCGUCCGACGACGCCGACGAUUGCACCACCGACUCGAACCUCGAACGCGUCGAAAUCGUCCUCCCCAGCGGCGACUUCUAUACCGGCCAAUGGUCUGAUGGCGUCCCCCAUGGCCUCGGAAAGUACCUCUGGACCGACGGAUGUAUGUACGAAGGUGAGUGGUGGCACGGGCGCACCAUGGGCCGCGGCAAAUUCUCAUGGCCGUCCGGCGCCACCUAUGAAGGCUUGUUCAAAUCCGGGUUCAUGGACGGUUAUGGUACGUACACUGGUGCCUGUGGCCAGACUUACCGCGGCUCUUGGUCGCUUAAUCUUAAACACGGUCAAGGUCACAUAUCGUUUGCGAAUGGAGAUUCGUAUGAUGGGGAGUGGCGUGCGGGGGUACAGGAAGGGAGGGGAAGAUAUGUUUGGAAAUCGGGGAGUGAAUAUGUUGGAACUUGGCAUGGUGGAACAUUUCAUGGAGUAGGAUUGCUUACUUGGACGUCGGGGAAUCAGUAUGAUGGCCUAUGGGAGGAUGGUGCUCCUCAUGGAAGAGGCAACUUCAGGUGGGCUGAUGGAAGUUUUUAUAUUGGGAUAUGGACUGGCAUUGGUGUUGGGCAGCAGAAGGGAGUUUACUUCCCCUCAUUGUCAGUAUCCACUCCAGUGGCCCGUGAUCCUCGUGAGGCGAUUGCCAAUGAACUUGUCGAGUGUCAUAUUUCUCCAGUUGAAACAAUUUCAAUCCUCCCCUCUGAGAAGACACUCAACUGGAUAGGGGUUGAGGCAGAUUUCUUACAAAGGCAGGCAUUAUGGAGAUCAACGAUGCCCAUUAAGGUGAUGCCAGGGCAGUAUGGAUCAGUAGAUGCGUCCACAACAACUAUGAUGACGAGACAAUCAGAUGGAUAUGCGAUGAUAAAUAGGAUGACAGGGUUUGAUAGGAUGCUACUUUGGGAAUCUGAUGAUGAUGGGAAUGAGAGGAUCAUACCAACAAGACAAUGUGAAGGAAAGGAGUUUUUAUCAGAUGCAAAUAAGAUGAUGAGCAGAGGUGGAGAGACAUCAGUGGCAUCGAGAACGAAUAAAAUUCCUCAGAGGAUUAGGUGGGUUGCUAAGGAUAUGAAGAAACAAGGGGAAACUAUCUCGAGAGGGCACAAGAAUUAUGAGCUCAUGCUCAAUCUUCAGUUAGGGAUCAGAUAUGCUGUUGGUAAGCAAGCUAUUGAUACCUCACUUGAUUUGAAAGCUGCGGCGUUUGAUCCGAAGGAAAAGGUUUGGACAAGAUUUCCACCUGAAGGAUCGAAACACACACCUCCUCACCAAUGCUGUGACUUUCGGUGGAAAGAUUAUUGCCCUUUGGUUUUCAGGACCCUUCGCAAACUCUUUAAUCUUGACCCUGGUGAUUAUAUGAUCUCUAUUUGUGGGAAUGAUGCCCUAAGGGAAUUAUCUUCCCCUGGUAAAAGUGGAAGUUUCUUUUACUUGACCAAUGAUGAUAAAUACAUGAUCAAGACAAUGAAGAAGUCUGAAGUUAAGGUUCUCCUCAGAAUGCUUCCCGCUUAUUAUAACCAUGUUCGUACAUUUGAGAAUACUCUAGUGACCAAGUUCUUUGGUCUACACUGUGUCAAGUUAACUGGCGCCAUUCAAAAAAAGGUUCGCUUUAUUAUAAUGGGAAACCUCUUCUGCACUGAGUACUCCAUUCAUAAGAGAUUUGAUUUGAAAGGAUCCUCCUUAGGGCGCACAAUUGAUAAGCCAGAGGAAGAAAUUGAUGAGGCGACAAUAUUAAAAGAUCUAGAUCUUAACUUUAUCUUUCGCUUGCAACGAUCGUGGUUUCAGGAGUUCUGCAGGCAAUUAGCUAGAGACUGUGACUUCCUUGAGCAGGAAAGGAUCAUGGACUACAGUCUUUUAAUCGGUGUGCACUUUAGAGAUGUAUCAAUAUCUCAAGAAACUCAAGAGAGCAAGAAAGAAGCAACACCUAGACUUUCAAAAAUUGACAUGGAUCAGUUUCUUUGUGAUCCAACUCGGCGUGCUGCAAUCAAACUUGGGGCUAAUAUGCCAGCUAGAGUAGAACUGAUAGUUAGAAACCCUGAAAGCGAGUCUUCUCUAAUUGGGGAACCCACAGGAGAGUUCUAUGAUGUAAUCCUCUUCUUUGGCAUAAUUGACAUCCUUCAGGAUUAUGAUCUCACCAAGAAGCUUGAGCACGCUUACAAAUCAAUCCAGUAUGAUCCCACCUCCAUAUCUGCUGUAGAUCCAAAGCAAUACUCGAAGCGUUUCAGGGAUUUCAUAUAUCGAGCUUUUGUAGAAGAUGCUUAAAUUACUAGCAAGUCAUUACACCACAGCUUUUAAAAGCUUAGUUAGAAUCUUUAUUGGGCAGUUUUUUCACAACUUUUUAAUUUUUUGGUAAGCUGCCACAAAUUUUUUUGCCACAGCUUUCUUGCGUUUUUUUUUUUUUUGAAAAUGUCAGUGAUGAGAAAUCACUUCUUACAAUCAUAUAUGUUAGAAGGUGAUAGCUGUACAAAAGCUAUUGCUUGAUUUUUUUAAACAAGGAAUAAAGUUAUAUUGCCCUUAACUA